AUGAGUGAUCGACACUCUUCUGAUUCCGUAUCUAUAGACUCGGAAGUAUCGAGAGAUCAUGACAAGCCUGUAGGUUUGACCGAAGACAAUCAGGAAAAACAGCAGAAUGAGGGCAGCGAAAACAUUUGCGACGAGCUGCAUACUUCUGUUACAAUCGUUAACAUCAGUAUCGGUAUCUAUUUAAUCACUUUGGGAGUUUUUCCGCUUUGGUGGUCGAGCUUCAGCGAGAGACACGGGAGACGUUCUAUUUAUUUGAUUAGUUUCAUUCUCUAUUUUGCAUUUACCAUUGGGUGUGCCUUGUCAAAGUCAAUAGGCAUGCUUAUAGGAUUCAGAGUUCUAUCAGGAGCUUGUGCUGCCAGUGUGCAAGCAGUUGGGGCAGGAAGUAUAUCAGACUUGUACCCGAUUCAUCAGAGGGGAGCUGCCAUGGGUAUUUUCUACCUUGGUCCAUUGGCUGCUCCACUGUUGUCACCGAUCGUUGGUGGUGCCAUCACUUCGAGAGAGAGUUUUGGCUGGAGAGGUACUCAGUGGUUUUUGGUUAUUUUGUCGGGGGUUUGCAUCGUCCUUUUACUUCUUGCGCAGCCGGAGACACUUCGAUUACAAGAUAAUAGGGAAGCUGUUCGAAAGAUUCUGAGAGAACGCUUGAAGAAAAAUGUUGACGAAGAACAAGGGGCUUCGGACGAUAAUCAGGAAUCAGAUGAACAUGUGGAUCGAAUAUUGUCGCGGCUUUCCAGACAGCCCUCGAGACUAGAAGACUCAGACCCAGUGGAUACAGUCACACCAAUUGGGCGUAUAUCCACUCAUGUCUCUCAAACCCAGCGCCAAGAAGAUUUAGAAAGGCUCAAAAUGGAAGUUGAAAAUUUGGAUCAGCCAGAUAAGCAGAAGAAGCUUGCAAUUAUCAGGCGCAGUUUAUAUAUCCACGGUUUCUUGCCAUUAAAGUCUCUGCAUUUUUUGAGAUAUCCACCCGUUUUCCUAGCUAUUUGCUACUCUGCUCCAUGUUUUGCCGUGUUAUACUUUGUCAAUAUGACGCUUUCAUAUUGCUAUUCUCGGCCUCCUUACAAUUUCAACUCCCUCCUGGUUGGUCUUGUCUACAUUCCAAACUCAGUGACUUACAUUAUAGCCUCGAUCUGGGGAGGCCGAUUCACAGACUAUUUACUUGAGAAAAAGCGCCAAAAGUAUGGCAUUGUUGCCCCCGAGGCACGUUUCGGUAUCAAUGUCUACUUGGCCGCUGGCAUAUUUCCUUGUUCGCUUCUGAUUACCGGAUGGUGUUUAGACAAGAAGGAGCAUUGGGUUACACCAUUGGUUGGAACAGCUCUUUUUGGGUUUGCUCAGAUGAUCGUUAUUGGAACUACAGUCACGUAUAUUGCUGAUUCUUUACCUGGCAGAGGUGCCACGGGAAUUGCAUUGUCCAAUUUCGUCCGAAUGCUUUUGGCAGCAGGUGCUUCAUUUGCCACAGAGCCUUUAAUCAAAGCUAUCGGCACCGGUAUCCUGUUCUCUAUCCUAGCAGGGUGCACUAUCGCUCUCUCCAGCAUUUUGGCUAUACUUAAGUUACGUGCUGACUAUUGGCGAGAAACGUACAAUCUAGAGAGACUCUAUGAUAUAGUGGACGAUUCAUAA